AUGCCAAAAUCGAUAUCUAAUAGUCGUUAUCAAAUUCGAGAAAAAAUUUUUACAAUCAGUAAUAAUUUAAAAAUCAAAGAUCAAUUUGGUCAUCACAAAUAUACUGUCCGAUCAAAACCAUGGACAUUAGAUAGAAAACUUACAUUCGAAGAUACGAAUGGCAAUGCUCUUUUGAAAAUUCAGCAAAAAGGAUUUCAUUUACUUGAUCAAUUUAGUAUUUUAUCAGCCCGUGAUGGUGAUUUAAAUCAACAACUUGCAUCUAUUAGACAAAAAUUUACUGUUUUUAAACAUAGUUAUAAAGUUUAUUCAAUAUAUGGUGAAUAUAAAUUGAAAGGAUUUGAUAUAUUUGAUCGUUCCUUUGCAUUGACAAACAAAAAUGGUAAAACAAUUGCUGUUGUACGUAAAAAAAUGUUUGCAAUCACUGGUAUAUAUGAAGUUGAAAUAAUUAAUUCAAAUAAUGAUAAAACACAAGAAGAUCAUGCUUUUAUUUUAGCAUUAAUUAUUGCCUUACAUUGUUCACUUUAUUGUUUAUAA